GAAUUGAGAAGAAAAAGCAUAAGAGAAGUCCAAAUUUCUAUGUUUGUGCUGUUUUAAUCUCUCUGCUUCUCUCUCUCUUCUCCUGCUCCGACUCUCUCUCUCUAUAUAAAAAUAGAAGUUAGAGAGAAGGUGUCGGCUUAUAAAGCGAAUAGGCAAUACGGCGGUCUCACCUUUCUCAUUCUGCAUAGCUUUUCGACCCGUAUAGGCCUAUAGGGUAGAGCGCUUGUUAAGUCAGAAUAGUCUCUCUCUCUCUCUCUCUCUCUUUUGCUCUUGCGUUCGCUGCUUGCUCGCUCGUUGUCUCUUUCUGAUGGCACAAGCAACUCAAGCUAGUCUUCUCCUUCAAAAACAGCUUAAGGAUCUUUGCAAAAAUCCUGUUGAUGGGUUCUCAGCCGGCUUGGUAGAUGAUAGUAACAUAUUCGAAUGGAGCGUCACUAUUAUCGGACCUCCUGAUACUCUUUAUGACGGAGGCUAUUUUAAUGCCAUCAUGAGUUUUCCUAUAAAUUACCCUAACAGUCCACCCACUGUGAGGUUUGUUUCGGAGAUGUGGCAUCCCAAUGUUUAUCCUGAUGGGCGAGUUUGCAUAUCAAUUCUUCAUGCUCCUGGUGAGGACCCCAAUGGCUAUGAGCUUGCAAGUGAACGCUGGACACCAGUCCAUACGGUUGAAAGCAUAGUAUUGAGCAUCAUUUCGAUGCUGUCAAGUCCUAAUGAUGAAUCUCCAGCAAAUAUUGAAGCAGCGAAAGAAUGGAGGGAAAGGAGGGAUGAUUUCAAGAAGAAAGUAAGCCGUAUCGUGAGACGGUCACAAGAAAUGUUCUGAUCAGGCUGCAGAAGGUGGACUGCCAGUUAUUGCCUAUCUGGGAAUCGAUUUAUUACAUUGGAGAACUGGUUGAUCUUGUGGUAGUAUGUCUCAAUCAAGUGGAAUUUCCAUUUGAAGUUCUUGCAGAGCCUCCUCUCCACUACAGCUCUUUUCUAUACCUGUUUAACAAACUUGGCACAUCUCAUGUAACUCAGAACUUUGUAUUUAAAACGGUUUUGGUCAGGUGUCCUGGGUAACAUACUGUGAUUAGUGAGAGCGUCGUUCAGUUUCUU